AUGGCCACCCUCGACAACGCCAACCCCACCAUCCUCAGCGCCUCGCAGCUGCCCACCCGUGGCAAGCGCAUCGUGGCCCGUCACGGUCCAGAGUCAAAGUACACCGAUGCCAUCCUCCAGAAACCGUCUUACCUGUCCAGUCCAUUCUACUUCACGUCUUCUUCAGACGACCGUGAAUCCUGGCCUUCGUGGCCUGGCAGCGGUAGCAGCGAUGAUCAAGUUGGAUCUGGUCUGGAUCCUAUAGACGAGCAAGAGAUUUACGAACACCCAGUCUCUCUGGGUCAGCUGUCGGUCAUCAACCUCCAUGAUAUCCACAUCACGCCCACCCCCACACCUGGCACUGUCCCCUCGCCCAACACCAUCGUCACGGUCCUGGUGGACAUAACGCCGACAAUCACACACUGCUCGCUCGCCACCGUCAUCGGCCUCGGGGUCCGCGUCCGCCUGGAGCGGGCCCUGCCGCCCAACUACCGCGUCGUCGUGCGCUGCAAGAAGGACAGCCACAGCCAGGAUGACCAGGUGAACAAGCAGCUCGGCGACAAGGAGCGCGUCGCUGCCGCCCUGGAGAAUGAUACUCUCAAGGGGGUUCUUGAUAAGAUGCUCGAGACUUGUCUUUGA